AUGGCAAAAGAUAAAAAGAAAGUAAAGACAAAACCUGAUAAACCACAGCAGAAUGGUGUGGAAAAGCCAACGGCAGCAUCCGGUAACAGCAACAUUUGGCAAGAUGAACGUUUCCAGCAUUUGGUUUCGGAUCCUCGUUUCAAAAAUCUACCCAAGGUCCAGAGGAAGGUAAAAAUUGAUAAACGGUUCCAGGGCAUGUUCACCAAUGAGAAAUUCAAAGUGAAAUAUACUGUGGACAAAUAUGGCAGGAGGGUUAACAAAAGCAAUGCCGAUGAUUUGAGGAAAUAUUAUGAAUUGAAUUCUAGUGAUGAGGAGGAGGAAGAAAAGGAAGAUAAGGCGGAGAGUGAAGCUGACGGGGAACCAGAAAAAUCUUCUGACUCCGAAGAAGAAGAUUCUGAGGCAGAAAGAGAAAAAGAAGAGAAGGCCAUUAUUCAAGAAAGUGAUGUGGAUGAAAAUGAUGCCCUAACCAGCGAUGAUGAAGAGGUACCAAAAUCACUGAGGCAACGUCUCUUAGAUCCCAAUAUUGAUUAUGCCAGAGGUGAAGGGCGUUUGAUAACAGACUCCUCCUCAGAUGAUGAAAGUUCGGAAGAUGAGGAGGACCCGGAAAUGUAUAUUGAUCAUGUCUGGGGAGAGCUGGAUAAUGAUGCUGAUACCACAGAUGAAUCCACGCGACGUUUGGCCGUCUGCAAUAUGGAUUGGGAUCGUGUAAGGGCUGUGGAUUUAAUGGUCCUCUUCAAUUCCUUUUUGCCACGUGGUGGUUCGAUUUUGAGCAUUAAAAUAUAUCCCUCGCAAUUUGGUAAAGAACGUAUGAAGGAGGAGGAGCUGCAUGGUCCACCGGAAUUGGUGGGUUUGGAUAAGGAUUCGAGGAAACAGCAACAAAAGGAGAAGAAAUCCUCAGCCAGUGAUGAUGAAGAUGACGAUGAUUUGGUAGUGGCCCAAGACAGUGAUGCCGAGGAAGGUGAUGAAUAUCACAUGGAAAAGUUGCGUCAAUAUCAGCUAAAUCGUCUGCGUUACUACUAUGCCGUUGUGGAACUGGAUAGCAUAGAGACGGCAGAUAAAAUCUACAAGGAAUGUGAUGGCAUUGAAUAUGAAAGUUCGGCCACAAAAGUUGAUUUACGUUAUAUACCCGAUGACACCACAUUCGAUGAAGAUGAACCCACAGAUGUGUGUACAGAAAUGCCUGACAUGAAUACCUAUCAACCCAGGCAAUUUACCACGACUGCCCUGCAGCAGGCCAAAGUGGAUUUGACAUGGGAUGAAACUGCUGUGGAUCGUAAGGAGUUGGGUGACAAAUUGUCUUCGGGGAAACUAGAGGGCAUUUCCGAUCAAGAUUUAAGGAAAAUUGUGGCAUAUAGCAGUGAAGAGGAGGAAGAAGAAGAUGAUGAGGAAGAGGAUAAUGAAGAUGCUGAAGUAAAACAAAAUGAAACAGCCGUGAAAGAAGAAAAACCCGACGAGAAAACGAAAAAACGCAAAUCCAAGAAAAAAGAAGAAGUCAUCAACAAAUACAAAGCCCUGCUGGCCGAAAUCAAUGAAAAAGAACAAAAGGAAAAAGAGAAAAAGAAUUAUGCCAUGGAAUUCACCUGGGAGGUAAAUGAGGGUAAUGAAAACGCAGAUGACAAGGAUAAAAAAGAAACAUUUGAGGGCAAACCAAAAUCAGAGCUGACACCCAUUGAAAAAGUGCUCCUGAAACGCAGUGAAAAGAAUAAACGCCGCAAAGAAGAACGUAAGAAAAAGAAAUUGCAAGCUGCUGGGGUGGAUUCCGAAUCCGAUUUGGAUUCUUUACCCGAAGGCAUUGAUAUGAGUGAUCCUUACUUUGCUGAAGAAUUUGCCAAUGGUGAUUUCAUCGAUCCCAAGGCCAAGCGUAAAGAAAAACAAAAGAAACAACGUCAACUCAAGGCUGAACAGGAAGAAGAAGAUGAGAAAAAUGCCAAGGAAUUGGAGUUGCUGUUGGAUGAUAAUGAAGAGGACCACAAGAAGCAACAUUUCAGUUUGGAAAAGAUUUUGAAACAGGAACAAGAAACCAAAUCAAAGAAGAAAAGGAAAAAGCAAUUGAAGAAGUCUAAGGCGGAUAUUGAGGAAUCAAAUAAACCCAUUGAAGAUAAUUUCAAAUUGAAUAUCGAUGAUGAUCGUUUUAAGGCCGUUUUUACAUCGCAUGAAUUUAAUAUUGAUCCCACAGAUCCUCAUUUUAAGAAAACUAAGGCUAUGGAACAAUUGAUCCAUGAGAAAAUUAAGAGGAGACAUCAGGAUGAGGAUGCAGGCAAAUCAAAUGGUGCUGCUAAAGAUGAAAACGAGGGACCUGAUCCGGCCAAGAAACCCAAGAAGAAUAUUGAGAAUAUUAUGUUGGUUAAAAAUUUGAAACGAAAAAUUCAAAUGAAGCAGCAACAACAGGGUAGAUAA